CCCCACCGCAGCAUUUAAAAGUGUGUCUCCACAGCAGCCCCGGUCCAGCCCUUGGCCGGCGUUCGCUGCGGGCUGCAGGACGGGCACUGCACCAGCCGGUGCGUCGGGGCUGGGACAGGGACAAUGUUCAGUGCCAUCGGCGACAUGCACACACACAGGGGACCCCGGUAGGCAGGCCGAUGUGCCGGGGAGCAGGACGCCAGGAGUGAAGCCGGACAUAAGUGUGCGCGCACACAGGCGUGUAGCCGGCCACACGUGCGUGGACUUGGAAAAGAGGCUGUAGUUUUGGUUUUUGUUUUGGUUCCUGGGGUGAACUUUCUGUUGAACAUUUUGCCCUCUUCUUUAAUUUCUUUUUUUUUUUUUUUGCAUUUUGAACAAUUUGAAUAUAAGCAGUGGGCGAAUCAGACCUGUGAAAGACUGAGGUGCGCGUGUGCGGCGGACGGCAGAUGGAUCCCCUGGCCAGCAGCUGCAUGAGGAGCCCCCACCCGCCAGCCCCGGUGUGGGGCUGCCUUCGGAAUCCCCACCCGGAAGGCAGCGGGGCCUCGGGGCUACCCCACUACCCGCCCACCCCGUUCUCCUUCCACCAGAAACCAGACUUCCCGGCGGCGGCGGCGUACCCCGACUUCUCGGCCUCCUGCCUGGCGGCCACCCCCCACAGCCUGCCCCAGGAGGAGCGGGUCUUCACUGAGCAGCACCCCGCCUUCCCACAGCCCCCCGACUGGCACUUCCCUGUCUCGGAGGCCCGGCGCAGGCUCGACCCAGGCCCACCCGGGGGCUCCAGGGAGUUGGGGGCCAGCAGCCCAGGCCUGGUGGACACCACGGGAGGCCCAGGAGAGGACUACGAGGUCUCUGGGAGCACUGCCAACGACACGGAGAAGAAGUCCACCAGACGGAAAAAGGAGAGUUCAGACAACCAGGAGAACCGGCGGAAACCGGAGGGAGCCAGCAAGGCCCGCAAGGAGCGGACGGCGUUCACCAAGGAGCAGCUGCGCGAGCUGGAGGCGGAGUUCGCGCACCACAACUACCUGACGCGGCUGCGGAGAUACGAGAUCGCCGUGAACCUGGACCUCUCCGAGAGGCAGGUCAAAGUGUGGUUCCAGAACCGCAGGAUGAAGUGGAAGCGCGUGAAGGGCGGUCAGCCCGUCUCCCCUCAUGGGCAGGACCCCGAGGAGGGGGACUCUGCAGCCUCUCCAGGUUCGGAGUGAGAUUUUCCCCGGAGAACAAAAGACUGAGGACUGGGCCCCCAGCCAGCUCCCCCGACCCCGGUCCCCUCACCCUCUCCCACCUACCCCAGGGCAGCCUCACCACAUCGUGCAGUGACUUUUGGAUAUGAAGCUGACCGGCGUUCCUGGGAGCCUUGAAGUUUUCCAGAAAGUUCUGUCCAGCAUUGCUCUGUCUUAGCAGCGCUUUCCCUAGGGCCUUUGCUUCUCACAGUUUUUGUGGAAUCUUCCAGCAGCCAGACCGGACCUGAGUGAAUCCUGGGGGACAACUCCAAGGACACUGCUCCUCAGGGUCUCUCGGCUGCUGCCCCCACCUCCUGCCACCUGCCAGGCCUCCUCCAGGUCUGGACACCACCUGGCCUGCAGGGAGAAGAGCCUUGGGACCAGCUGGUGACUCCUGAAAGCUAAUGCUUCUGAAGAAAAGGGUGACUGAGACACACACACACACACACACACCCCAGACCACCUUUUCUUUCCGGCUGUAUAUCUGAGGGUUUGGGGGUCCUGAGUUGUCCCCCAAACACACCCCAAAACCCCAGGGGAAGUCAGUGUGAGGAGAGUCAAGGACUGAAAUUCAGCUGCUGCAAAUCAGAAACCAUCCCUGUCUCCAAAUUUGCUGGCGGUCAGGUGGGCAAGUGUAUUAGCACUGGGAGAAGACCGUCAGGAAAACGGGCUGGCGCGAGUGUCUGCAGUCCUGUCGCCCCCGUCCCGUUCACACUGGCUUGGCUGGGGGCGUUGGAGGGGUGCGGGUGAGAACGGACUCGGGACACCACCUGCAUCUUCAACACCAAUUCAGGAAUACAGCUGGGACGGCUGAGCAGUGCCCAGAGCCACGGAGCAGCUCUUCCUUUUAAAGCCACAGUUUCUGUGUUGAAAAAGCAUGCAGAGGCUCACAUCACUGAGCCGAGGGCUGGAAAGUGUCCGCUGUGUUCCUGGGCUGCUGGGUGAGGGCCUAGAAACGCUGAACCCUGGAGAGGAAGGUUCUCCAGCUGCAGCGUCCUGUGCUUUCAAAAGACUCUGGCUGCGAAAGGAGGCAGAAAACAAAACAAAACGAAACAAAACAGUCGCUCUUUCUCCGCGGGAUGCAUUUGAGCCCCUCCCAUGGGUUCCACAGACGCUGUUAUCGGGGGAGGCGCUGCUAAGUUUAUGUGUGAGGACUGCCCACGUCCUCUGGGGUGACACUCCAGGAACGAUGGCCAAACAGGCUGGGGCAACCGAAGCCUCGGAGAGACCCCCUGCCUGCCCAGUGCUCUGUCCCCCAACACCAGCUGCUGUCGCACAGGGAGGUCAGCAGGAGUUUGCAUCUCUUGUAUGUGUAUUUAAUCGCUCACUUGUAGAGAGAACCCCACCUCCCCAUCCCCAAGGACGACUGUUGUGGGAAGUGAUUGCCAAAUGAGAUGCCGGUUAGAGCAUGCGUCAUUUUUUCGAAGGCAUACUUCAUGUAUUUUCUUAAGAUUGCAUCAAGUUAACUGUGCAAGGUCAAGUCACUUAGUAAGAAAACUCUUGGAGAAGUAAAAUCAGUUACAAAGCAAAGUGCCCAAGCCUUCUUCCGUGCAGAGCUCAGGAGCUCAGCUCUGAGUGUAACCCUCCGAUGUUCUCGUGGGGGUGGGCCAAUGUCUAGAGCAACAAAAGAAGGGAAGAAGUCGUCUAGAACAAGGGAGCCCCCCUUAGGUCCUUUAAAAUGUGGGGGUGUGAGUGUAACCAUUGCAAAAACAAACAAACAACAACAACACUUUCUCCCAUGUACAACUGCAUUGUCUUUAUCCCUCCUUGUAAAAGUUUAGCUUUCAGCUCCUCUACCCUAUGGCUAAUCAAACAGUCACACUUCUGUAAACAAAAGAUGAACUCUUGUUAAUAAAGGAAUCUUGACCAUAAA